AUGCGGCGAGGUGAGGAGCGAUCUAGUUAUUCCGCCUUUGUGCCAAAGUUAAGUAUUAACAGAAGCAGCGAGUCCUUUCACGAUCCCACAAGUUCAGAUCCCUCUGAGAAUGAACGUCGCUUUCCAUUUACAAGUGGUGAUCCAUCACGGGGUUGGCGGGCUAACGUGAGUAGUUUAGAUAACAGUGGGCGAAAUCAUAAUCGCAAUAGUGACACAUAUGAUCAAAGUUCACCAACACCAAUCAAUACUAAUAGAUAUCGUGGUGUACAGUCAAUGGAAACAGACAAUAAGAUGAGAUAUAAAGCGAGAGUAACAGAAUCAGAUGAUGAUAUGCAAGAACAAAGUCAUUAUUUUAAAACAAGUGGAUACAGUAAUCGUAAUAGCAAUAUGAAUAAUAUGAACAUGAGGAGUAGGAAUGUUAAACCAAAUGAUAACAAUACUGCUCCAUAUUUAUCUCAUGUGAAUGAAAGCUUUUCAGAUGUGAACAAUCAACGAAAAAGUGGAAGUUUCUCUUAUGAUAACAACAAACGUUCUGGCUUUACACCAGUAUAUGUACAUCGUGUACGUCGUUCUGAGGCGGAGCAGUAUGCACAAGGUGAUUUAGCCGAUUCUUCUCUAGAUGAUUCCUCUUCUCAGAGUUCUUCUAUAGGCACCACCUCAUCUGGGAGAGAGUCUGUACUCUUUGAUAUGGAUGCUGAGCCUGUUGUGCCGGUAGAGUUAAUGUCUACAUCUAAAACAGAAUUCUUUGAUUGGAUGCGACACCCACGUCAUGUUAUUAUAGUGAGUCUUCUGCGAAGUCGUGGUUUACUCGCAUCUCGUUAUGCAAAUCUCGUUGAAUACCACAUGUCUGAGUUGUUUCUACAUUACAUUGAUCUUUGCUUUCAGGGAGCAUACUUUGUUCGUUAUCAACUUAAAUCUUCACCCAAAGAACGUUUUUUCGCAGUUCGUAUGUUGCCAAGAAAUACAGUAUCGCGUAAUUCAGAGAAAAUUCCAUACUUGGUAUGGACAUUACAUCGUACAGGAGUUCAGGUGGUGGGAUGUGUACCACUUGAACAACUUGUGGGGAUUACCAUCAAUACACAGUCUGCCUCCUUUCGCCCACACUUACUUUCAUCUCAAUUCAUCACGGGUCCACGUGUGAAUAACCAUCGUCUUAGACUUCCGAUAGAUGGGGCCUUUUCACUGUGGUUUUAUGAUCGCCAUCAACGUACGACAAUGAGUUUAGAUCUUCUUACGUGCAACCCAACUGUGUUAGAUGUUUGGACAAAGGCGUUUAAAGGGUUUGUGAGUGUGAAUAGCUCUUCUGUUGUUCAGAUGCCUUUGACAAGUGAAGGCUUAUCUGCUGAGCUAGAUGAACUUUCACGACAAGCACAGGGACAACUUGCCAGUAACACAUAG